AUGCCCUCCCCUCAAACCAUCAAACGCUUCGCCCUGACCGGCGCCGUGGUAUCCAUCACCGUAGCGGGAACGCUCUACGGCGCUGGGAUCAAAACCGACCAGCAAAUUACUCAGCAAACCCAAAAAGCCCGAGAAGUGACGAUCGACGAGCGCAUCGACGGUCUGCAAGGCAUGCGCCAGAAUCUCGUAGCGAAGAGAGAGCUCGUGGAGAAGCAGCUCCGGGAUCUGGAUGUCAAGAUUGAGGCGAGGAAGUUGAAGAAUAUCGAUGGGCCGAAGAAGGGCCCGGAGGAUUAUAGGUAA